UUGGCUGAUUUGCAAACGGAAGUCGAAAAAGUCAAGAUGGAGGUGGACGGCGUCGAUCAUAUGGAAAUGGGUGACAAUAAAGGUGGAACAGGGCUUAGACAGUACUAUUUAUCAAAGAUUGAAGAAUUACAGUUGACAGUAAAUGAUAAGAGCCAGAAUCUGAGACGUCUGCAAGCCCAACGUAAUGAGCUCAAUGCCAAAGUACGUCUCCUCCGUGAAGAGUUGCAGCUCCUGCAGGAGCAGGGCUCAUAUGUCGGAGAAGUUGUGCGGGUCAUGGACAAAAAGAAAGUGUUGGUGAAGGUACAUCCAGAAGGCAAAUUUGUUGUGGAUGUGGACAAAAACAUAGACAUAAAUGAUGUAACUCCAAACUGUCGCGUGGCGCUUCGUAAUGACAGCUACACGUUGCACAAGAUUCUGCCAAAUAAGGUGGACCCGCUUGUGUCCCUCAUGAUGGUGGAGAAGGUACCGGACUCAACCUAUGAAAUGAUUGGAGGACUAGAUAAACAAAUCAAGGAAAUCAAAGAAGUGAUUGAGCUUCCUGUCAAGCACCCUGAGCUCUUUGAGGCUUUGGGAAUUGCUCAACCCAAGGGUGUGCUGUUGUAUGGACCUCCUGGAACAGGGAAGACUCUUUUGGCCAGAGCUGUGGCUCAUCACACAGACUGCACCUUCAUCAGAGUGUCCGGCUCAGAGCUGGUCCAGAAGUUUAUUGGAGAGGGUGCUCGUAUGGUGCGUGAGCUGUUUGUAAUGGCCAGAGAGCAUGCUCCCUCUAUCAUAUUCAUGGACGAGAUUGACUCCAUUGGUUCAUCUCGACUCGAAGGAGGCUCAGGUGGAGACAGUGAGGUUCAGAGGACAAUGUUGGAGCUUCUCAAUCAGCUGGAUGGAUUUGAAGCCACUAAAAAUAUCAAGGUCAUCAUGGCAACCAACCGAAUUGACAUCCUGGACUCUGCCUUGCUAAGACCUGGAAGAAUUGACAGGAAGAUUGAAUUUCCCCCUCCUAAUGAAGAGGCCCGUCUUGACAUUUUGAAGAUUCACUCCAGGAAGAUGAAUCUCACUCGUGGCAUCAACCUGAGGAAGAUCGCCGAGUUGAUGCCUGGAGCAUCUGGAGCUGAAGUCAAAGGUGUAUGCACAGAAGCAGGAAUGUAUGCCCUGAGAGAACGAAGAGUUCAUGUAACCCAGGAGGAUUUUGAGAUGGCUGUGGCAAAGGUGAUGCAGAAAGACAGUGAGAAGAACAUGUCAAUCAAGAAGUUGUGGAAAUAAAAGCACUGCACACUUA